CUGAUCUCCGCACUGAAGCCCAGCAUGAGCGUGCCGGUGCCGGCGGGUCUCCCGGAGCUGCUGCGGGGUUUCACGCUGGAGGUGCUGCGGCGGCAGCCCGCGGACCUGCUGGAGUUCAGCGUACGGUAUUUCACCGGCCUGCGGGACACACGGAGCUCCACCCGGUCCGCUAGCAGCCGCUCUCCGGUGACCCGCGGGGAGGCCUUCGACCGGGACUCCGCACACACCGACUCCAGCGUCGAGGAGGAGGAGAAACCGGAGGAAGAAGAGGAGGAGGAGGAGAAACCGGAGGAGGAGGAUGAAGAGGAGGACGACUUCCCUGAUGAUUUCACUUUUAAAGCUCCUCCUCCCAGUAAGUGCAACAGGCGGGUGUCAGUGUGUGCGGAACCCUAUAACCCUGAUGAGGAUGAUGAUGAUGGUGAUGAAGGCUCGCAGCUGACCGUGCUGCACCAGAAGACGGAUGAGCAGCGGCAGCGGCUGCAGGACGCCUGCAAACACAUCCUGCUGUUCAAGACCCUGGAGGAGGAUCAGCUGGCGGAGGUGUUAGACAGCAUGUUUGAGGUGUUGGUCAAACCUGGCGAGUGCAUCAUCAAUCAGGGUGACGACGGGGAUAAUUUCUACGUCAUCGAGAGGGGUGUGUAUGAGAUCGUGAUCCAGCAGGAUGGGCUCCAGCACUCAGUCGGCCGCUAUGAUCAUAAAGGCAGUUUUGGAGAGCUAGCGCUGAUGUACAACACGCCGCGCGCCGCCACCAUCAGGGCGCUCCAGGAGGGGGCACUGUGGGCACUGGACAGAGCCACGUUCCACAGACUCAUCGUGAAGAAUAAUGCUAAGAAGAGGAGGAUGUACGAGAGCUUCAUUGAGUGUGUGCCGCUGCUGAAGUCUCUGCAGCUGUCGGAGCGUAUGAAGAUCGUGGAUGUUCUGGGCAUGAGGAGCUUCAGUGACGGCGAGCGCAUCAUUCAGCAGGGGGAUUCUGCUGACUGCUUCUACAUCGUGGAGUCUGGAGAGGUGCGGAUCAUGAUCAGGAGUAAGACCCGUGCUUGUCAGCUCCUGCAGGAGGAGGUGGAGGUGGCUCGCUGCUCCAGAGGACAGUAUUUUGGAGAGCUGGCGCUGGUCACCAAGAGGCCCAGAGCUGCAUCUGUGUAUGCUGUUGGAGACACCAGGUGUUUGGUGAUAGACGUGCAGGCCUUCGAGCGUCUGCUGGGCUCCUGUAAGCAGAUCCUCAAGAGGAACAUCACACACUACGAGCAGCAGCUGGUGGCGGUGUUCGGAUCCAGCGUCGACCUCAAACACUGACACACACACACACACACACACACACCUCAAAAAUAUAUAUAAAGUGUGUGUGUUAACGGCAAAACUAUCGGUCCUCCUGUUUUCCUCCAGAUACUCCCAGAGUGCCGUUGGGCAGGGGGGAGAUGUGGUCAGUGUAUUUGCAGCUCUUCUUCAUUAAGGUCUGAGUGAAGCUUCAGUUCAGUUCAGUUCAGUUCAGCAGUGUUACAGCAGCUCAGUGAACUGACCCCACAGCACCCUCCACUCCAACAUCAGCCCGGCCAAACACAUCACUGACCAGACACACACACGCAACACCAUGACAUGUGCUGUUCAACUGCCUAUGAGCACGCACGCACGCACACACACACACACACACAGCUGAACUCAAGAGUGUAUUUAUGUGCAGCUCAGCAUGAGAAUGUUUGAUGAAUCUGUCUGACACACACACACACACGCGCGUGCGCGCACACACACACACACACGCGCGCGCGCACGCACACACGCACGCACACACACACACACACAGCAGGAUGUGUAACAGGUUUAGAAGUGUGCACUGUAGAGUGUGCUGUAAAUGCUGCUCUAGUAUCUUCUGCACACACACACACACACAUACACAUACACAGAUAGAUUCUCCCCCUGCUGAUGUUGUGUGUGUGUGUGUGUGUGUGUGUGUGUGUGUGUGGUCAAUAAAGUCUGGAAUAAGGACA